CACUCAGAGCCUAUGAGGAUGUAGCUGUAGCGUACGGAGAAUGAAGGUUCGAACGCUCAAAAGAUAUGCGAAAAGAAUCGUUCGAAAACUCGUGGAAAUCUAAUGUGGUUUCCCAUUUGUUUACCGUCGUGUAAUUGUCCGCGUCGCGUUCGCCGUUCCCGUGGGAAGGAUUAAUUUUCAGCACGGCUCAACCAGUGUCUUUUAUUCCAGUGAGAAGUGUGCGUGCGUGCGCGUUGUGUUCGUCGCGAGUGAUUCGUGAUGCGCGACGGGAACGAAUUUUGUAAAAGUAUUUGAACACGGAUAUCUGUUCUGUAACCAGCGGGAAACCUCGCAUUCGUGGUCCACCGGUUUCGCGUAGAAUGCGAGAAACAAAUUGCCUUCCGUCCUGCGGCCCGUUUGAAAGCGUGAAAAUUAUUAACGUAACUCCACUCAGCAGCAAUAAUAGUUCGGCGCGUGUUUCAAAUCGCGUUAGCGACCCUCUUAACGCCCAGUUAUGGCUAUUCGCGAGCACGACUGCGUUUGUUAUUAAGGCUCCGGGGUCAGUCUGAAUUUUUUACCGCGUUCCCCAUUGUUUAUUAUUGCAAUUGCUCGCGAAUUAUGUAACUAGCAAUAAUUCUAUUGGGUGAUAGGAGACAUUAUACAUUGUUAGAAUGGAGGAAGAAAUAGUAGUAGACGAUGUUGAUGAGAACAGUAGCACAGAGCCUCCACAGUCAGACGAUCCAACGACUCCCAUUAUGCCUUUAUUAUAUAUUCAACAGAGUAAAUUACGUUCUGCACCACCAACAACAACAAAUCAGACCUUGGUCUCACCGAAUGCUACUCAACUUGCUGCCAUUAUCAAUCCAGUUAACAAUCAGAUUGUCACUGGACAAAACAAAGUAUUUAUACAAGGGCCAAGUCAGGUUACCACUUCACAGAGUAAACAACAUAUUGUGAUCCAUCGGCCAAUUAAUACUGUCAGUACAACUGCAACAUCACAAGGUCAAAAACACAUACUGCUUAGAAAGUCGAACGCAUCUACUGCUCAGAUCGUGCCAUUAAGUUCAUCUCAGGGUAAUCAAACAAAUGCACAAGCUGGCAAGCAUACAUUUGCAUACCUUGGGACACUCAUCAAGCCAAACAAAUCACGUGAAUCUGUUGUAAUUCCAGCAGGAGCACUAACGACAACUCAGAUAACUAAGCCGAAAUUAGUGAUUGCCCCAGUUAUAUCUCAAUUAGCUCAAACAUCGACUAGUACUACGACAGGAUCUCAGAGUCAGCCUCCCAAGCAUAUGGCGAAUCUGUUAUUACCAGUCAGUAUUCCCCAACAAAGUGGACCUACUAAAUCUAGUAUGUUCAAUUUAAAAAUUAACAAUGGCCAAAUUAGUACAGAAAGUAAAGGAACUAUCACUGUUUUGCGAGAGUCGAAGACAACAAAUUCAGCCACACAUCCGCCGCCGUUGCAUCCUAUCGCGAAAAUGAGUUUGCUGAACGCAAAUAAGGGAAACAAUAAUUCCACAGACAGUAUAAAAAUUACAGAAAAUCCUGACUCUGCUGUGAUCACUCCUAUUCCAAAAAAAGAUGACAGUUGUAUGCCCGAGAAACGGAAGAAAACAAUAAGCAAUAUAUUAAGGGGAUCCAAUGAGAAACGACUGAAGAAGCAAAACCUUUCGAAAUCUCCACAGGAUAGCAUGGUCGAGGUUACUUAUGCAUUAAGUAGUCCCGAGUCGGAGCAAGAUAAAGAUAAGAAAGUGCAAAAUGACGAUGAUAUUACUUUGAUCAAAGUAGUUCCAAGCGAGGAUAAAAGCAUCAAGCUCAACGCUAGCGUGGACGAUGACAUAAAAAUAGAAAUUAUUAAAACGCGCACGAGUUGUGUAGAGCCGGUGUCGGACAAUAAACAUGAUGUUAAACUUAUUAAUCAUGAUGAUCUAAAGGAUCAUUUAAAUACCAGUCAUACAAAUGAUUCUAAUUUUGAUGCUGCGAAAGUGCUAGAUUGGAAAGACGGCGUCGGUACUCUCCCUGGAAGUACAUUGAAGUUCUGUAUGAAUGAAUUCGGUAUUAUGGAGGUAGUAGACGAGGAUGAGAACAACAAACAAGGGAAAGACGGUAUUGGUGAUAAGGAAAAUGUUUGUUUAACACAGAAUUCUUCAAAAUCCAGUCCCUUAACUGUUAAUAAUGUGAAUUCCGAGAAAAAAUCGGAUGAUAGGAAAUCAAGGACUGUUUCUGCAGACACAAUGUAUCAUUGCGAGGGUUGCGGGUGCUACGGUUUAGCCGCGGAAUUUGAAAGUCCAAUAUCAUGUAGUCCAUCGUGUACAGAAAUAAUAGAAGCUAAGAAGCAACCGUCGAUGCGAAAGGACAAAGACUUAAAGGACAUACGUGCGAAACGGAAACGUAAAAGAUUGCUGCAAGAACAGCAGCAAUCUAAAGAACUGGAGGAUAAAUCCGAUGAGAAAGGUCAAGAUAAAGUAAAGUCUGAAACGGAUGAAGAUACGAAGGACACCAUCACAGGGAUAGACGACGAAAGUCAAGGAGACUCUGCGGAGUCUAAGUAUCCUUGGCAGACAGGAAAACUCGGAUUCUCGUGGUCUAAAUACCUUGAACAUUGUAAGGCAAAAGCUGCGCCUGUUAAGUUGUUUAAAGAUCCUUUUCCCUAUAGUAAAAAUCAUUUUAAAGUUGGUAUGAGAUUGGAAGGGAUAGAUCCAGAACACCCGUCACGAUAUUGCGUCCUUACAGUUGUUGAAGUAGUGGGUUACCGAAUACGUUUGCAUUUUGACGGCUAUCCAGAGAACUACGAUUUCUGGGUGAACGCAGACAGUAUGGAUAUAUUUCCCGUUGGAUGGUCGGAGAAGAAUGGACACCGGUUAGACCCGCCGAAAGGUUAUGUCGCCAAUAAUUUCAAUUGGAACGGAUAUCUCAAGAUUUGCAAAGCUACUGCGGCACCGAAAAAUAUAUUUUCGAAUAAGAGUUCGGUCUUUCCCACUGGAUUUCGCGUAGGAAUGAAACUGGAGGCAGUAGAUAGGAAGCAUUCUUCGUUAGUUUGCGUAGCUAGUAUAGCAGGCCUAAUGGACUCUCGUAUAUUAGUUCAUUUCGAUUCUUGGGACGAGGUCUAUGAUUACUGGGCGGACGCGAGUUCCCCGUAUAUUCAUCCGGUAGGAUGGUGUCACCACAAUGGCCACAGCCUUACACCACCCAACAAUUACAAAGAUCCGAAAUUAUUCACGUGGGACGCGUAUCUGAGAGAGACUCGUUCUAUGGUUGCACCGGCUAGAGCUUUCAAACAACGACCGCCCUGCGGUUUCAAACGUGGAAUGAAGUUAGAGGCGGUCGACAGACGGGUGCCCCAGUUGAUAAGGGUGGCAACGGUCGAAGAUGUAAAGGAUCACAUGUUGAAAAUACGAUUCGAUGGAUGGCCGGAGAAUCAUGCUUAUUGGGUCGAUGAUGACUCCCCGGACAUACAUCCCAUGGGUUGGUGUUUGAAAACAGGUCAUCCUCUGGAGCCACCCUUAACUCCGGACAACUUAAACGACAGGCCAGAGUGUGGGACGUACGGAUGCAGAGGAAUAGGACAUGUAAAAGGACCUAAAUACGCAACGCACAAUUCCGCAUCCGGUUGCCCCUACUCGCCUCAGAAUCUUCACAAAGUCAGGCAACUAUCCGACAGACUGAACCUGAAGCACGAAGCCUGCGAUUUCGAGGACGAUGUAUUGGAUAAGCCGAAAAUAGAGAAGACUGAUAAAAUUAAAAUGGAAAAGUCUGAGAAGCCCGAGAAACUGUUGUUCGCGGAGGACCGGUUGAAGACUGAAAAAGACAUUAAACAAGAAGAUGGGGAGCUGUCCGAUAAGAACGACAAGUCUGAAAAUUCGGAGAAGUCGAGUAAAUCGAAGCAUCAUCACAGCGACGGUCAAACCGACGAUGACGAGCUUUCAAGGAAGAGAAAGAAAAGACGGCAGAUUUCGGAGGAACCUUUGUAUUCUUUAUCAAACUAUGGCGACUCCGCGCUGACCACUGCGCCGUACGCUGCAAACAUGCCUGACAAGCAGUUGCGCAUGGAGUUGUAUCAGUCUGUGUAUAAUCCCGGUUACAAUCCAUUACCAGACGCGCCACACAUAUGGGCGAAACACAGUAACGCUCUGAACAGAGUGGUGGCGAGGCAAAAUACGAAUCCUCGACGGUGGUCGAACGAGGAAGUGAUUAAAUUUAUUCAGAGUAUGCCCAAUUGCAAAGAGAUCGGGAACAUUUUUAGGAAACAUAAUAUCGACGGCGAGGCGUUUCUAAUGUUGACUCAAGAGGAUCUGGUGUCUCUUCUAGGACUGCGCCUCGGCCCCGCAAUUAAACUGUAUAAUAGUAUAGUUCUCCUACGUCGAAGGGCAUCGUGAAUCACGUGCGAUGAACGCACAUACAAUUGGAUUUUAAAAAGUGCAAACUGGCAGCUAUCAUGACGAUAUUGUCGACUGUAUUCGUUUCAGAAGUUUACGAAAUUUCCAAAGUAGGAACGUACUUUCUACUGCAAUUGGAAACGUUUAUUUAAUGUCGGGAACAGUGGGUAGACUUGUAAUACAUCGAUCACGCGUGAAAAAAAAUUUAUUGACAGGCCGAGAGGGAGGACGAUAAUGUUUAAAAGUCAGAUUGACGAUUCCACUGAUCUUUUGAGGUAUAAUCAUAGCUGGGAUGUACGUGCAUCAUAAGUACUUACGAUUGUCCUUUCUAAUUUCUUUUCCUAUACAGUGAAGUGCAUUCAAUCAUGUACAAAUGUAAAUACUAAUGAUCUUAAUAAUUAAAUAUUGUAAUACAAAAACAUCAGAGAAGUCUAACAACCAAUCACCCUAACCUGCUGUUUUACGUGCGCGGUCACGUUUUUAAUUCAACGAUUCUUCCAGGACGAUCUUACUGACAGAAAAAAAUAUGAAAUCCAGUAUUUUUUAUAACGGUGUAGCAUCAAGUAAUAGGAAACGUUUCUCAACACUUACGUAAGAAUGAAAAUGUAUAAAUGCAUAAGUUAAUAAAUGAAAAUUAUGAUCUCACUGAA